UAUCAACUUCCCAUAUGACACCCUGUUUCACCUCUUUCUUGGCCGUACUAAUUCCUUUCCAUAGUCGCGAACAGUUAUCAACAUAGAGAUCAUCAGGGAGAGUGCCGACCUAUUUGUAUUUGGACCGGAAUAUUUGCACCCAUAGUUGAUCCAAUUUGAGAAUCAAAUUGAAACCAAUGAACGCCGCAUUCUGUAGGCAUAAACUUUUGAAUCCAAGGCAACCGGUUUUUACAGGUUGGCAGAUAUCGUCCCAUUUGACAAGGUUAAUCUUCCGUUUAUGACCCUAAAUGAAAUUACGAAUAAUUUUCUCCAUUUCCAGCGAAACACUUUCGGGGAUGACAGCGAACUGCACUGCAUAAAUGGGAAUAGCUGCAAGGACUGCUUUAGCCAAAGUAAUCCUCCCAGCAAGCGAGAGAGUUUUUCCUUUCCAACCAGCAAGCUUUUGUCUCAUGUUCGAGAUAAAAUACUGAAAGGUUGCCUUCGUUACACGUUUGUGGAGUAAGGGAACAUCUAGGUACAUCCCAAGAUUACUCACGUAGUCCUUAGAGACAUUCUUAGAAAAGAAAACUCAAGUCUUUUGACAGCUUACCUUGUACCCAGAGUACAUACCAAAAGUGCUUAGAACAGAUCUCAUAGUGACCAUCUGAUCCACAUAUGCCUCAGUAAACAGGAUUAAAUCAAUAAAAAUUUUAGAAUAGGUCAAUAAUUAAAUUAUAAUUUUUUUUAAUUAAUUGAGUACAACUACUCGUAGAUUAGUCAGAGACGAAAUUAUUUUCCUUUCUGUUUCCUUUAGUUAAUUUCUUCUGAUUGUGGAAAGAGGAAUGCUAGACUUGUUGGAUGAUCAAAAUAAGAAGUGUUGAUGUUUUUUCUCUAUGGAACUAAUAAUAUGAUCACAAUUAAUUGAUUUAUUUCUAAAAUUUCCUUUAUAAAUUCCUGACCACCGCUCUCAUCUCUCUCUUCACCCGUCCCCGCCUCCAAACAAAGCCUCGUCUUUCUCUUCGUCCUAUUUUAUCCCUCUUCCUCUUCUCCUCCUUCAGUCCCGGACCCAAACCCUCUCUUACCUUCAAGUUUUCCGACAGAGCAGGAAAUUAAGUAAGGUUGUUUGUCAUUACCAUUUAUCUGAAAAUGGCAAUAAAAUUGACAAGGAAAGUAUUUGUGAAUCCUUGCUUCCUUAGUUACAACUCUUCGCGAUUCCUUGUCAGGUUGAGUUCAGAUCACGACACAAGGUUUUUCCUUAGCAAAUUUUUUGGUGGUAAUCAAGAAUCGGGUGUGAUAUGCAGACAUCUAUCCUUUUCUCCUGCUACAAGUCUGGAAAGGUUAAGUUGGGAAGGUUCUUCUCAUACAGUGUUGUUGACAAAGCUUGAAAAUGCUUUGAAGGAUCUCAAACUGGAUGAAGCAUGGGAAACUUUCAAUGAUUUUAUAAGGUUGUAUGGUUUCCCUAACCAUUUGCUCGUUAGCAGGUUCAUUACUCAACUAUCCUACUCAUCCAGCCCUUGUUCACUACAAAAAGCUUAUGAUUUGGUUAUGUUGGUCCUGAAAGAGAAAUCGUAUCAUCUUCGGCCUGACAUCUUGGUUAAGCUAGCUCUUUCUUUAUCAAGAGCUCAGAUGCCCAUUCCAUCAUCAACGAUUCUUAGAUUGAUGCUGGAAAAGGGGAUGUUACCCCCAAUGAAUGUACUGCAGUUGUCAUUUCUGCAUAUGGUCAAGACAGAGGUUGGGGCAUGUAUAGCAUCCAAUCUGUUGAUCCAGAUUUGUGAUAAUUAUGUACGAUUUUGUUCAGGGAAAAGCCCUUGUGCAAACUUGCUGAAACCUGAUACAGUGAUCUUUAAUCUUGUGCUUGAUGCUUGUGUUAGAUUUGGCUCAUCUCUCAAAGGUCAACAAAUUAUAGAAUUGAUGUCGCAAACUGGAGUUGUUGCUGAUGCACACUCAAUCAUUAUCAUUGCUCAAAUCCAUGAAAUUAAUGGACAGAGGGAUGAGUUGAAGAAAUUUAAAGAUCAUGUUGCACCUUUACCAGUGGCUUUUGUUUCUCAUUAUCGACAAUUCUAUGAAUGUUUGUUAAGCUUGCAUUUUAAGUUUGAUGACAUUGAUGCUGCUGCUGAGCUUCUGUUGGACAUGAAUAGAUCACGGGGAUCCCAUCCUGUGGAUGAUCCUGGGAGGGAUUUCCAGAAGCCUCAUUUUGUUCCAAUUGGAUCUCAGAAUCUCAGGAAUGGACUGAAGAUACAAAUCAUGCCUGAGCUGAUACAUAAGGAUUCUGCCCUCAAAGAAGGAGGUAAAUCAGAUCUUGUUUUGUUUAGGGAUAAGAAACUUCUUCCGUCUAAUAGGGCUCUGUCCAAGCUCAUUAAUGGUUAUAAAAGGCAUGGGAAGAUGGAUGAGCUGUCAAAAUUUUUACUUGGCUUAAAAAAGGAGCUAUAUUCAUCAGGCGAAUCAAGUGUGAUAUGUGAUGUUAUAGAUGCAUGCAUUUCAUUAGGCUGGGUGGAAAUUGCUCAUGACAUUUUGGAUGACAUGGAAUUUUCUGGGGAUUCCUUGGAUUCUAGUGCAUAUAUGGCACUCCUGUCUGCUUAUUAUAAAAGAAAUAUGUCUAGGGAGGCAAAUGUACUGCUAAAACAAGUAAGGAAGGCUGGUUUGGUCAUAAAUUUAGCUAACAAUUUUGUCUUAUCCAAAAAUGUGCCAUCAAAUGUAGGCAGAAGUUCUCUUUCCAUAAAGGAAGCAUCUUCCAUUUAUCAACCAAGUCUGUCCAAAUGUCUUGUUGAAGAAGUAAGUGAUGCGGAGAAGGCUGUAUCUCAUAUAAUCUAUGAAUUGAACUCUUCUAUUUACUUCUUUUCCAAGGCUAAAAUGAUGGGGGAUGCACUGAAUAUAUACCGAAGAAUGCAAGAGAUGAAAAUCCAACCCACUGAACAUACGUUUAUGUAUCUGGUAUGUGGGUAUUCUUCACUAGAAAUGUAUCGUGAUGUUACCAUUCUAUGGGGUGACAUGAAGAGAAUCAUGGAGACUGGGAGCUUAACCCUGAGUAGUGAUUUGUACGAGUUUUUACUACUCAAUUUUCUUCGAGGUGGAUACUUUGAAAGAGUGAUGGAGGUCAUUGAUUAUAUGAACAAGUGUAACAUGUAUGUUGACAAAUGGAUGCAUAAGAGUGAAUAUCUGAAAAUCCAUAAGAAUCUUUAUAGGAGCUUAAAAGCAUCAAAAGCUAGAACUGAGGCUCAAGGUAAAAGGUUUGAGUAUGUUAAGGCUUUUAAGAAAUGGGCUGGCAUUAACUGAAUGUUUUCAAGCAUUUUGGGACGGAAGUUGAAGUUGAAUGUGCUUUCUCUCCUGGUAAGGACAAAGGGUUUUUAACAUUCAUUAUUCUUUAUCCUAAAUCACGUUGUUUGUUUUCUCUGUAAUUAACUAAGGUGUUUUUUGGAUUUGGACUGUUUAGUCAAGGACAUGGUAACAGAAGAGGGAGCCUGGAAUUUGGAGGCAUUCAGAGAUUGGCUGCCAGAAGAAAUAGUCAGAAAGAUUGCAAGCAUUCCUCCCCCGCACCCCCAAGCAGACCCAGACAAAUUCUUUUGGAUAUAUACAUCCAACGGGGGCUUCUCGGUCAAAAGUGCGUAUCGGAUGGAAAAUGGAAGGAUGUCUAGAAAUUCCAAGGCCCACGGCGAGUCCGGUUUUUCUUAUGGCUAGUUUAUAAACAACGAUUGCUUACUAACCUUGAAUGGGUUAGACGAGGCAUUAACCAGGACGGAGCCUGUCCAAUGUGCCAAUAUGAAGCAGAAGACAACUUACAUGUUCUUAUAGAGUGUCCGGUAGCUAAAGAUAUGUGGAAAUUGAUUGUGUCAGAAGCAAGCUGGUCUCAGUUUUUCUCUAACAACUUAUUAGAAUGGGUCAAAACAAAUCUAGGAAAUCAUGGGCGGCUGCCGAGGCAUGGAGUCCCUUGGUCAACGCUUUUUGGCAUACUAGCUUGGGGUAUAUGGAAAAAUAGGAAUCUUUUUGCAUUCCAAGGGCUCACAUGGAGUUCUGUGGAAGCCAUUAAAGUAUCAAUAAGUUAGGCAAAACAGUACAAUGCAAUUAAUAGUUGGGAUUCGUCUAGGAAUAGCAAUUCAGAAUAUCUUUUAGGAAAUUGGUAGGGUAGGUGAAUGUUAGUUUUAGUCGAGUAAAUUUAGGAUUUUCUCUUUUCACCAAAAAAUAAAUAAAUAAGGUGUUUUUAGAUUUAAUGCCCAUCCUUUGUAUUGAUUUAAGGUUUAAUUCAUGAUUUGGUCCCAUUUUUUCAUUUUAGCAUUUGAACUUUUUCUUGUCUUAAUUUGAUACCUAAAGUAUCAAUUUUUUAAUGCAGAAAACUAGGUGGCCAAAAAAUACAUGUCUUCGUUGGUUUUGGGUUUGAAAUGAAGAGAAGAUGAUUGCUCUUUUGGAAUUAAUUGGAACGUUAGUGGGUUACUUCUUUCUGUAAAAAUAACUUCCAUUACUUGUAUAUUCUAACAUUCCCCUCCUAUCUCUUUUUUUCAAAUUAGUCCUCAACCUCAAAAUUUCACAAUUUUUCAUUCUUUAUCCAUUUAAUAGUUGCUAAAAAUUCAAAAACAAUUUCUAACUUCAAGAAUUAAAA